GCUCGCACAGAGAAGAGUUCGGAACGAAUUCUGUACAAUUGUGAAGGACGGCAUAAAGGCUGAAUAAUUUCAAGCCUUCUACGCUGCUCGAUUGGCGAUAAACAGUUCCCAGUCUGUCCGGGUUGUCCAGCUCCUGUGUACCUUUGCAACACCGACAAAUCCAUUCCGUUGGUUUAAGAUUGCGAGUGAUUGUAGUUUUCUUCGCCUGGGUUAGUGGCCGAACAACACACGGGUGAAAACAUCAUCAUCGUCAUCGUCAUCACCAAAAACAAGGGCAUCUUCCAAACAACAAGCCCUUCCAGCAGUGCACGUAUUACUAUCCUACGCUUCGGUGUGUAACUGCGUGCAUUCAUUUCACGGCCACCAACAUGUCCGUUUGUGGUACCGUUUCCUGAUAGUACGUUUCGCAGCAGUAGAGCCAAGUGGUGCGGUGUUGGCCGACGUGUACUUGUGAGUCGUGGGAAACAGGGAAGUUAAUGAGAGCAUGAUGUGGUGGUGCACAUAAUGAAGAUUCGAAGCUAUGCUGACCCGUGGUUGCUGUGUUUGGACGGUGAAAGAAUCAAUCAUCGGUGCAGCGCCGGGGGUGGUAGGGCUAGUAAGAAGAACCGUGGUGGUGGUGGAGGAGGAACUAGAACAAAAAAGCCGUAGCAAUACAACCUAGCGCUCUCCGUAUCUUCUCGACCUGCUCAACACAUUGCCACACCGUAUCAGAUCGUUCCGUUGGUUCGCGAACGCUGUACAGCAGCAUCUAGCAACGUUGAAACGAAUGGUAACAGCAGCUAAGCAAAUACCCGCAAACCAAUAGGUUACAUCGCGCCAUCCACCGCACUGCGCCGCGUACUACGUCCCGUCCCGUCGACAGCGAGUGAACGAAACGUAGAUUCUAGCUCACAACAUUCCCGCGAGAAGGAAGGUUCUAACCUGUGUCAGUUGCGUGGCAUUCGGGCUUGCGUUGCGUGAAUAAAGUUGCUGUUGUGGUCCGUCGUGAUCUUGCAGCUUCUUGUUCUGGAGGUAUCAGCGGACGCACUGCCCAGUAGUGAGAGUGUACAGAGCAGUAAAGAAUAGACAUUAAAAUGCGGACAGUUAAAACAGGGGGUGGGACCAUCUCGCACGAGCUGCUCACCUUCAUAGCGAUGGUGUCGAGUGUGGUGCUGGUGCUGGCCGCCCUUUCGAUGGCCCUGGCUGAUCAAAUACCGACCGUACCUACGCACAACAUGUCCAACAAGGAGCGUAACGAGCUUAAAGAGGAAGCCAGGGAAAUGUUUUACCAUGCGUACCGGGCGUACAUGGACAAUGCCUACCCGGCGGAUGAACUGAUGCCGUUGAGCUGCACCGGCCGUUACCGUGGUGUGACACCGUCCCGAGGCGACCUGGACGAUACGCUCGGGAACUUCUCAAUGACCUUGGUGGACACACUGGAUACGUUGGUGGUGCUGGGUGAUAUAGAAGAGUUUGAACAUGCCGUCAAGCUGGUGAUCAAGGACGUAAAGUUUGAUAACGACAUAAUAGUGUCGGUAUUUGAAACUAACAUUCGCAUGAUCGGUGGUCUGCUGUCUGGACACAUUCUGGCAGAGUAUGUGCAGAAGCAGGCGGACGUAAUGACGUGGUACCGUGGCGAGUUGCUUGAGAUGGCGAAAGAUUUAGGCUAUCGGUUACUGCCAGCAUUUAACACUUCCACCGGAAUACCGCACGCACGGGUUAAUUUAAAGCAUGGCAUGAAGGUUGAAGCAUUGCGACAUUCGCGUGAAACAUGUACGGCUUGUGCCGGUACGAUACUGUUAGAAUUCGCAGCCCUUUCUCGGUUGAGUGGCGAGCCUAUCUUUGAAGUGAAAGCCCAUGCGGCAAUGGAUGCGCUGUGGAAGAUGCGCCACCGUAGCUCGGAGCUGAUGGGCACGGUGCUUAAUGUACAUUCCGGCGAUUGGAUACGGCGCGAAUCCGGUGUUGGAGCCGGUAUCGAUUCGUACUACGAAUACUGCCUGAAGUCUUACAUUCUGCUCGGGGAUGAGCGUUAUCUGGCACGAUUCAAUCGUCACUAUCAUGCCAUUAUGAAGUAUAUUAGCCAAGGUCCGAUGUUGCUCGAUGUGCAGAUGCAUCGGCCACAUACCAAGACGCGCAACUUUAUGGACGCACUGCUUGCCUUUUGGCCCGGGUUGCAGGUACUGUCUGGUGAUUUAAAACCGGCAGUACAAACGCAUGAGAUGCUGUACCAGGUGAUGCAGAUGCAUACGUUCAUUCCGGAGGCAUUUACGUUUGAUUUCCAGGUCCACUGGGGUCAACAUCAUCUUCGACCAGAAUUCAUUGAAUCAACGUACUUCCUGUACCGAGCCACUGGCGAUCAUUAUUAUUUGCAUGCGGGCAAGAAAGCCCUAAAGGCACUUCAAAAACAUGCCAAAGUUCCGUGCGGUUACGCUGCCGUGAACGAUGUCCGGACGGGCAAACACGAGGAUCGAAUGGACUCGUACGUCCUUUCGGAAACAUUCAAAUAUCUCUUCCUGCUUUUCUCGGAUCCGGCGGAUCUGAUCCUUAACAUUGAAGACUUUAUCUUCACUACCGAAGCUCAUCUGCUGCCACUCACGCUGGGACAAUUAGGCAACCAUACAUUCAAUGGUGUGCGCGAUCAGGACGAGCAGGUCCAUAUGCUCGAUUACAUGCGUUCCUGCCCUAGCCCGAACAAGUUAUUUCCUGAAACAGUCCGGCGUCCACUCCGUGACCUCGUUACGGGAGUCUGUCCGCGCAUAUCGAGUGCCAAGCGACUUAGAGCGGCUGACUUUCAGGCAAGCAAUACGGAUCAUCUACGAACAGUUUAUGACAUGGGCAUUACGAUGGUUUCUCUAGGCGAGGGCAAGGUUCAGCUGCUGCAUAGCUUCCACAAUGCCAAAUCUCCCGAGGACGCCGAACGCGGCCUUAUUUUCAUGCAAGAAAUGGUGGAGCUGUCGAACUCGAACUCCAUCCCCAAUACACAGCUGCAGGCAGUCGCUUACAAGCGGGACGGUGAUCAGGUACUGUACAUCCUUGAAGCCGGUCCCAGCCACUUCGGAAUGGAGCUGGUGAACGAUCUGUCCGUGGUGCAACGGGCUGUGUUUGCCAAACCGGCAAAGGUUUGUGCUGCACUGAAAAAUGUGGACGAAAUACGUGGAAAAAUCGUCAUCAUCGAGCGAGGCGAAUGCACGUUCGUCGAUAAAGCGAGACGUGUACAGACGGCGGGUGCUGUGGCGGCAAUCGUGUUCGACAACACGCCAAACACGUCGAUCAACAAUCAGCAAAUGUUUGCCAUGUCCGGUGACGGUCGAGACGAUGUGCAGAUCCCGGUCGUGUUCCUUUUUACCAAGGAAGCGGAACAGCUUAUUAAGGUGGUUAAGGAGGAGCCCAACGUGGAGCUCACACUAAUGUCUGUCACCGGGCUGAAGGAAAAAUUGGCCAAGGAGCAGCGGGCAAGCACAACGAAGACUGACACGAAAAGUAGUGACGCUAAAGCGACGCCAUAGUAGUAGCAGAGCAGAGUAGAACCGUUACUAGCCAAACGUUACACUGCUGCCGUGAAUCCGCGUUGCCAAGCAACGGUGUGGUAAGGCAACAGACAGGUUGUUAUUUCCGUUUCGACACACUGUGUUUCUUUGCCGGAUCUGGAAAUUUCAUCCCGUCACUUAGUGCACGUUCACAUAAAGUGUACGGUUACAUCGCGAAACAUACACACGGGCGCUUAAACGUGCGCACAUACGCAACGGGUUAGAUAGUAAUGAAUUUAUUAGCAAAUUGUCGUACCACUGGAAAGAGUGCGGUUCAGAAUGGUGAGAAAAAAGCCCUUCUCUAGGCUAAUAGGUGAAAAGGAAAACGGAUGGCGCUGGUGUUUUUUAUACUUGCUCUAGCAAAAGAUAGAAAAAGGUAGAUACAAAUCGAGCGCAUGGGCGAUUGUGGAGGAUGAGGGAUGCAUUCAAGUGCAUUAUGUAGUAUUGUGGUUUAUUUCUUUGUUAUUCGUUUCUCAUCCUAAAACCGAAAAGUGAUACAUUAGUGUAAAAUAGUUAACUAAAGAAUGAAACAAAAAAACACGUAAAAAGGCGUAGGAACGAAAUGGAAAGUGUGUGGUGUACAGUCAAAAAGCUCUUUAAACAAAAUGAGACAGGGCAGGGAAGUAGCGGUCCCUCUCGAAUGGGGUGAUUUUUGCUUUUUUGUUAGUUCGAUAUUCAUUCCUUUCUGUGCAAUCAUCUCUUAGCCAAUCAAUUGUCAUUUAAUUGUUUUAUGUUAAACGCUCAUCAACACAAACGAAAGUGCACAAAUAUAAACACACUCACUCGCACGUACGCAAACAUAUCGUAGGGUUAUUUUUUCAAGUUGCAAACGUAUUAAUUUUCUCGUUGAGUUGUUAAGUUUGUGCGUCAGCUUUUACUAGUGACUUUAAUUACUUACGCUCUACUACCGUUUGUUAAUGUUAAUCCGAGGGAAAUUGUUUGAAACAUUUAGAACUUUCGUAUUCUAUUUGUUAUACAUUACAUGUACACGAAACAGAUUUACAGCAUAGAACGAUGGAAAACAGAUGGCAAAUGUUUUCUGUUUAGUACUCCUCCACAGUUCUAAUUGUUUCGUUCUAUAUCUUCAUCACUUCUUUCUUCCUUUUUCUUCAUUUGUUGCAAUAUUCGGAUGAGAUGAGCAAAAAAGAAUAAACAGAUAGGCUAAUUGAAAGCAGAAGAAUGUGCUGGAAUCCGUCGUUAGAAUCAAAUUUUCCCAACAUUCAUCCAAUGUGUCCAGGAUGUGAUUUAGUGAGCGCGAGUUUGUAAAUAACUAUUUUGUACGAAUGCCAGGGCCAGCUCCAGCAUAAUGUGGGUCUGUGGAAUGGGCGCCACAUGCCAGGUGCAUGUGCAGUUGAGCGAAACACUAGCCGUAAGUAGAUUAAAUUUCAUGAAACAUGUUGCAAUAUAUAGCGCAGUUGAUAUAACUGAGCGUCUGGAUAGGAUGUAAGAAAGAGUCCUCUCGUACGAGAAAUACGACGGAAACACGCUGGUACGGAGAAAACCCGCGAUAAGGCGGUGUGUUUGUAUUCCAAGCCAGCUACCAAUUCCGGCGUGCGACGACACACCCACUGUGAGUGGGACUUUUGUCGCGUCCGUUCGGUAAGAGACGUAAUGCAUUAUUGUUUACUUUUCCAUUUACGGAUGAUGAGAUUAGUUUCUGUUUGUUUCUUUCUGUUUUUUCUCCCAAUUUCCAAGGUAAAUAAUGUUGUUUAGUUGUGUAAAUAAAAACUACAAUUUUAUAUCAA